AUGGCGCAGGAGGCCAUGGAGGUGGACCUGCCGCCCGUGGCCGAGGCCGCCGAGGGGGAGCCGUCCGCAGCGGCCGAUCGCGACGGGGCCUCGGGGCGCCGUCCGGCGGGUGCCCGCUCCUCUCGGGACGCCUUGGUUGCGCAGUCGCGAAGGCGGCGCCGCUCCCGGAGGAACCUGGCCGGCCUGCCUCGGGCAGCGCCUUCCUCCGCCGCCGCCGCCGCCUCCUCGUCGUCCUCCUCCUCCCAACGGGCAGCCCGCGCCAGAUCCACAGCAUCAUUGGACAGUUAUUUCCAGGUCAAUAGGACCCAAGCAACAGAACCGUCACUUCUAGUAAUCCACAAUGACAGCAGCUCAGAUGAAACAGUGGUCCUGAGUGACUCUGAGAGCAGCGGUGACAGCAGCAACCCCACGGAGGACGAGGAGGAACCGGCAAGAAGCUUAGAGGAAAUACCUCUAAUUGGCUUGGAAGGUUUGCAUUUAAUUGUCUCAAAUCAAAUGGAGCCUCCUGGAGAUAAUUCUAAUGAGAUAGAGCAUCCUGAUUCUAGAGUCACUGCUUCCCAGCCAAAGAAGACAACUCCAUUAAAGAAAAGCAAUCCGGUGGCCUCUCUAGUUCCUUUGGAAGAGGAAAGUGGGGAUACUUGUGCCAUCUGUUUCGAAGAGUGGACCAAUGCUGGGGAGCAUCGUCUCGCUGCACUGCGCUGUGGGCACCUCUUUGGCUACAGCUGCAUUCAGAGGUGGCUGAAGGGCCAAGUGGGCAAAUGCCCCCAGUGCAAUAAGAAAGCCAAACGCGCAGAUAUUGUUGUCCUUUAUGCCCGUACUCUGAAAGCACUGGACACCACUGAACAGGAAAACAUGAAAAGCUCUUUAGAAAAGGAACAAGUCCUACGAAGGAAAGUAGAACUAGAAUCAGCACAGAGUCGCCUUCAGCUGCAGGUCAUGACGGUGGAGUGUAGCAAACUGAAGCAGCAAGUACAGGAGCUGAAGGCUUUGCUGGUCCGGCACGGCGCCAGCUCCUCCUCUCAGCCGUCCAGCAGUGCUGGCUCUUGCUUUCCCGGCUGCCUCUCCUCCAGCCAGGGUCAGCACAAGUACCAUUUUGAGAAAGCCUUCCUGGUCUCUCAGAUGGGCAACUGCCGGGUGAUGGCCUACUGUGACCCCCUGAGCUGCCUGGUGAUCUCGCAGCCCUCUCCGCAAAGGACUCUCCUUCCCGGUUAUGGAAUUAAGAUGAUGAGCGCCGUCAACCUGAAGAGCAACCAGUACGUCCCCAUCCACAGCAAGCAGAUCCGGAGCCUGGCCUUCAGCAACCGGGCGGAUGGUUUGCUCUUAUCUGCUUCUUUGGACAACUCGCUCAGGCUCACAAGCUUAACCACAAACACUGUUGUACAGACCUAUAUUACUAGCCGCCCCAUCUGGUCCUGCUGCUGGUGUCUUGACGACACCAACUACGUCUAUGCUGGGCUGGCUAAUGGAUCUGUCCUAGUCUAUGAUCUGCGGGACACAAACGCCCACGUCCAGGAACUGGCUCCACCGAGGUCCAGGUGUCCUGUGGUAUCCUUAUCUUAUCUUCCUCGAAUGGCUUCAACCUCACUACCAUAUGGUGGACUGGUGUCUGGAACGCUGGAAGGAGCCUGUUUUUGGGAGCAGAAGUCUAGCAAUUCCUACCGACCUCACGAUCUCCUCCUUGAAUCCGGAGGUUGCAUUAACCUUCAGACAGAAGCCAACACACGGCACUGCCUUGCAACAUUCAGGCCCAACAGAAACAACAACUGUUUGCAGUGUGUGGUGAUGGAGCUGACAUCUACUCAGCUGACAGACAGAGAUGAUGAAAUGGUCUGUUCGUGCAACCCCAUUCAAACUCUUAUUGCUGGUCCAACGUGCAAACUCUUAACCAAAAAUGCCAUUUUUCAAAGUCCGGAAGAUGACGGCAGCAUCCUUGUGUGUGCGGGGGAUGAAGCGUCAACGUCUGCCAUGAUCUGGGAUGCAGGAAGCGGGACUUUGCUCCAGAAACUGCCAGCUGAUCUUCCUGUGCUGGAUGUCUGUCCUUUUGAGGUGAAUCGCAACAACUUCCUUGCUACUUUGACCGAGAAGAUGGUGAAAAUCUACAAGUGGCAGUGAGCAUCUCCCUCGCCUUCCCAGCCUGAUCCCUGAGCAGAGGCCUUGCUGCUAAUUGGAUGUUGGCUGUCUUGAAGACAGGAUUAUUUCUGAGCCACCUUAGAUCUGUACCUCGGGGUAAUUUAUUUGCUCCAUCUCUGCUCAUCUUUUAUCCCUGUUUUCCCCAAUUUAUUAUUAUUAUUAUUAUUUUCAAUGAAGACAGUUGUUUCAGUCAUGCAACAAAUCUUGUAAUGGUUGCAUUGCUCUGGGAGGAAGUGAGGAAGAAACUUGGCUGCCAUUUUCUGGAAAUUAAUCAUUGGUGCUUGCUAAAACUACCUUAAUUAGCCCUGCUCCACACUGACCUAGAACUUCAUAAUGUUGGUACUAGUAGAUCACUAGCCUACCAUGUACAAAGCAAAAAAGCAGUUUGUAUGUCCCUUUUUUUGGUCUACUUGAAUUCACUUUUCUGCAGUGAACUAUUCUAGCAAAAUGUUUUCUGAUCAUGAGGGAAGACAGGGAAAAAGGUGAUCGCAAAUUCUGCCUGAAACUGGCUGCUAACAUGAAUUUUGAAUGCAGUUUGGGGAGAUUCAACGACUUAACAUACAAGCUUAACUGUUUGGGCGGAAACCAUGAUUUAGGAGCCCUCCUGCCAAUCUCCCAAUGCUAGACAAUUGCAAAAUUGAAAAGUAAAGCCACUUCAGAACUUGAUUAAGUCUGUUUGCAGGGGAAAAAGUUUCGCUUGGCUUUUCUUAAGUACACUGGUGGUCCGUUUUCUGCUCUGAAUUACACCAUAUUUGGAUUGCUGGCUUUCACAAAGCAAAUACUAGGGUGUAUAUACUGCAAGACUCAUCCGGAAACCUUUUUUUUUUACCUGAAAACCGUAGAAAUUGAAGCUUUUUGCACUGCCUAUAUUGUGCAUGGCAGUACAAACCUCAGAACAACAUUCUGAAACUGAAAUACUAUAACUUGUAAGUAUGUCUAAUUAUCCUGUUAUGUAAUUUUUUUUAAACUUGCAAUUGUGAAACAAACUUUAAAAUCAGUGGUUUUCUCCAGUGGGCAAAACACUUCAUUGUUAUGCUAUUCAAAUAGCUUUAAGUGCUAAGAAAGGGAAGGGGAGUAUGCAUCUUAAAAGAUCUUCGUCCCUGAUCUCAGAACAGGAAUGCUUCUGUGUGGUAAAUUAAUAUAUAUGGGUUCUGGGAAUAUUUCCUCAACUAUUUGUUGACAACUGGCAAGGUGGAAUUUGUAAGGUAACUCUUUUCAACUGUGAAUGUUUAUACCUUACCUAAGGUGAAAACAUAGUUAAUUUUUUAAUGAAACGUGUUGGAAUAAACUGUUACGUUGUGGGAAUCUCUAGAAUAUAGAAA